GCUUCAACAUGGCUGGCUGGACCACGGAGAAAGUCGGCAGGAAGGCGAGGGUCGCGAGACAGCCGACGACUUGGCAAGAGAAUGAAGAAGCAUAUAUGGCCAUGCCCUGCAGUUCCUAGAUGCUCACAUAUUCCCCGUUCUUUUGUCUCACCACAGCUCCCAAUCUUGUACCUUGUGCUCAAUCAAGCGUUGAACGGGUGACUCGUCAUAUCAGACCUCUCUGGCAUUUUAUCAUCCAAACUCUGAGCACUUCCCCUCUGGACAACUCAGCCUAAAAUGGUCUCUACCACCAAGGCCGCUGCCCUCUUCGGCAGCCUCUUCAUCACUACCGCCGUCGCUGCUGAUACCACCAGCGAUACGAUGGGCGCUGGUGCCUUUGUGUGGCCCCCCGACCGUGCGUGGAUCGACGGGCAUGAUGAGAUUGCCCCUUGCGGCUCUACCGAUGGAGUCGGCGAGAGGACACCAUUCCCCUUGACCAACGGCAAGCUUGCCCUCGUUGCCCAAGACGCGACCCGUGCUGUCCACAUCAGUGUUUCGUACAAGGAUGACCCCAAGACCAUGGACGACUUCGAGACCUUCUACGGUCCUAAUGAAGUCGGCAGCCUAGACCUCGGCCACACCUGCAUCAACGCCCCCGAUGCCCCCUCCAACAUCCGCCCCGGCAUGAACGCCACCUUCGGCCUCCUCUACGUCGCCAACUUCGAGGAGAACCCGGCGUACCGCACCAUCCACUACGCCUGUGCUGAUGUGACCUUCGUCGAGUUCUCCGCCUUCGACGAGGCUAUCCCCUGCUUCAACGCCACGACCGCCAACCCGGAGAUCAGCAUCGACGAGGAUGUCGAGGUUACCACGACGGACAGGCACGGCAACGUCCCCCACACCGUCUCCGACCUUACCAGCAAGAGCUCGUCGGUUGGUCUGUCCACGGCUACUAUUGCUGGUGCCGUCGUCGGUUCCGUCGCUGGACUUUCCGUCAUCGCUGCUGUCGCCUUCUGGCUCUUCCGGCGCAACAAGAAGAGGAGCCAGCUCAACGAGCCCAUGAGGCAGGUGGAUGCCGAGAAGGCUAACAACGACACCCUGUCCACCCGAUCUUAGACAGGGGGUCGGAUCUUUCGGAAGAGGUCGCUCUCAGCUUUCACCUCGCCGUGCAAGCCUAUAGUACACCGUCUUGUAUCCGAAUGAAUAUUGGAUAGACUGCGUGGUCCUGAGGCUCCAUUAAAUCGGAGACGAGUGUUGGCAUGACGAUUAAAAGCAGUAUGAUGUAUGAGCUCAUGCAAAUAACCAGACAACCUAGGUAGCAUGGAAUGAAGGCAAUCAAGAGAUGUGUGUGAAGUUGAAAGGUGGAUGGACGUGGUAAAAUUAAGCAAACCCACACAGUAGCAUUACAGUGUCUAAUUGCUACAAUACGGA